CCCGGCCGAGUCGCUAGCGCCGCACGACGUCUUCAUCGCCGUCAAGACCACCAAAAAGUUUCACCGCGCGCGCCUCGACCUGCUGCUGGAGACAUGGAUCUCACGCCACAAGGAGAUGACGUUCAUUUUCACGGACGGGGAAGAUGAAGCCCUGGCCAGGCGCACGGGCAAUGUGGUCAACACCAACUGCUCAGCUGCCCACAGCCGACAGGCGCUGUCCUGCAAGAUGGCCGUGGAGUACGACCGCUUCAUCGAGUCGGGGAGGAAGUGGUUCUGCCACGUGGAUGAUGAUAACUACGUAAACGUGAGGGCCUUGCUGAGGCUGCUGGCCAGCUACCCGCACACGCAGGACGUCUACCUCGGCAAGCCCAGCCUGGACAGGCCCAUCCAGGCCACGGAGAGGGUCAGCGAGAACAAGCGUCCUGUCCACUUCUGGUUUGCCACGGGCGGGGCUGGCUUCUGUAUCAGCCGAGGGCUGGCCCUGAAGAUGAGCCCAUGGGCCAGUGGAGGCCACUUCAUGAGCACGGCCGAGCGGAUCCGGCUGCCGGACGACUGCACCAUCGGCUACAUCGUGGAGGCCUUGCUGGGCGUGCCUCUCGUCCGCAGCGGGCUCUUCCACUCCCACCUGGAGAACCUGCAGCAGGUGCCCACCUCCGAGCUCCAUGAGCAGGUGACCUUGAGCUACGGCAUGUUUGAAAGCAAGCGGAACGCUGUCCACAUUAAGGGGCCCUUCUCUGUGGAGGCUGACCCAUCCAGGUUCCGCUCCAUCCACUGCCACCUGUACCCGGACACACCCUGGUGUCCCCGCACUGCCACCUUCUAGCAGCUUGUGGCCGAAACCCUGUCCCCGGGCACCCCUGGUAUCCAAAGGGCCUGGGGAACCCUGUUGUGCUGCCCUGUCCUCGGCAUUUGAGGCUCCCCCAGGGCCGUGCCUGUGUGUGUACUGUGUGCCCCUCCGUGUAGCAGACUGCUGGGCGGCUCUGCGCCGCCGAGGAGCAGGCAAAGUGCCACCUGUCCGUUUUCCCCUGCUCUGCCGGGUAGCGGCUCCGGGCCCACGUCCCAGAAGGACUUUUACGUCAGGGGUCACUCUGAGGGUGGUUUUCUUAUUACUCUGAGGUCUUUGGGCAGCGUGGGGCCCGGAGGCCACUCUGCAGCGCUGUGCAGGGCCCUUCCCUCCUAGGCAGGCCCUGAGCGGGGGACACCUGCACCCUGGGAUCCCGCUCCUGCCUCGGAGCCCCCAGGACGGCUCACGCUGGGUCCCCCUGCUGAGCUCUGGCCUGGGCCCUGAGGGUCAUCUUCAUCAUAAUGGCAGCCCCAGUGGCCUAGCGGCGGGGGAGGUGUAGCGCCCCCGGGGAAGGGGACGACCCAGCCCUCUCAGCCGUCUUCCCUUUGUGAUGGGGAGCCAGCUGAGCAUUUUAUCUCCUCUCUGAAGUAGAGAGAAAGUCGCCCAUACUGGGUGUGUCUGUAAAUAUUGUGACAGUAUUUUUCACUGUGCUUGUUUUUCAAAGUGGGGGGUAAAAGGUAGGGUGUUUUUGACCUUUCUUCUGGGGGGAGGUGGGGAAGGCUGUUAUUUUUAUCUUUUCUGUGGAUCAGAAAAAGCAGAAGCCAAACUUGGGACAUCUUUGCUGUUAAAGCUGAUGGAAAUGUCUGACACUCUGUGUAUUUAUAUGUCGUGGGAUCUGGCCUCUCCCCGCCCACCUCCCGCACAGAACCUGUCUCCCACCAGCCUAGCUCUGCGCACCUGGCCAGUGGGGCAUGUUUUGUCUUCUGUUUUUCUUUCUGCAAAGACAUAGCUAGGAAAGUGAAUGAUAAGGGAAAAGUUCUCAGGGAAUUGAAGUGUGUUGCUAUGGUGACGUCCUUUGCUGUGAAUAAAGAUGCUCUUUGGGGCA